AUGCCUCGUGGGAAAAAGGCCAAGAGCACGGCGCCCACGGCGCCGGCACCGGCGCCGGCUGGUAUAGACGCUCUGCCGGACGGCGUCCUCGAGCACAUCCUAGGCUUCCUGCCGUCGCCAGAGGCCGUUCGUACGUGCGUGCUGGCCCGGCGCUGGCGUCACCUCUGGCGUAACGCCACGGGCCUGCGCGUCUCGUGCCUCGCCGGCGGCAGCGAGGGGGACUCCGGAGAAGGGCCGCCGUCCCCGAAGCGGAUCCGGGACUUCUUGGAACGUAUCCUGCUCCUCAGAGGGCAGGCUCCCCUCGAGACGUUCGAGCUCAGGUUCUGUACCUUCGACGGCGACGGCGACGACACGAGCUGCCUCAGCCGCUGGGUCCAGCACGCCGUGGAGUGCAAGGUUCGGACGCUCAGGCUCGAAAACAUCUGGGUCGACGGCUUUGAGCUGGAGGACCGCCCCCUUGUGUCCCAGCUCCUGACGAGGCUGCAGCUCGAGGGCCUGGACUUGAAGAAUACUUUCUGCGACUUCUCGGGGUGCCCAUCGUUGGAGCAUCUAGUGAUUGAGUCCUGCGAGUUUUGGGAUGCCUAUAAGGUCUCAUCAGAGUCCCUGAAACACUUAUGCAUGACAAGCUGCAUUUUCAGCAAAGUCUCCAGCACUGUUAUUCAUGCCCCGAGUCUUGUUUCACUGAGGCUGGAUGGCCAUUUGUACAGGGCUCCUGUUCUUGAGAUCAUGCCGUCGUUACAAGGGGCAUUUGUUAGAGCCAUCCACGAGAAUUUGGACUCUGGGUAUUGUGAUGAUUACUCUGGGGAUUGUGAUGGUGAGGAUUGUUACUCUUGUUAUGGUGCUGUGGAUUGCAACUACAAGUGUAUGCUUCUGGAAGGUUUAUCAGAAGCUGAGAAUUUGGCAUUGAUAUCUGAAUCCAAAGUGCAGGCUGAAGACUUUGAUACUCAAUGACUGCUGGUGUGUGGCACCUGACUUCCCUGCACUGACUUGCAUUCUCAAGCAUUCACCUAUUCUGGAGAAGCUCACUCUUCAUCUUUUCUCCAAGGUGUGUAUAU